CCUUUUGAAGCACCACCAACUAGCAUUGUUUUAGUUGUCGUACUUUUACAAACAAAUAUGGUGAAAUCUUCUUCUUUUCCAUCUCUUUACUUCUUCGCAUUCUUCAUUUUGUGUUCUUCAUCAACAAUAGUUAGUAGUGUAUCAGUUCCUCUUUCAAAGACAUUCUCUUAUGCCAAUAAUGGAGCACCACAUUCUGGUCUUGUUGAAUUCAAUGCAAGCUUUCGCCCUUUACCCAUCGAAAACCACCCAUUUCGUCUUUGUUUCUACAAGCCUAUCCAUUCUGAUUCUUACAUUCUAGGUAUCGGUAUGGGAACCGCCGAUGUAAAUUCUCUUAUGCGGUGGGUUUGGGCAGCUAACCUUGAUAAACCUGUUGGUGAGAAUGCUAAACUUGUCUUCAACCGCGGUGGAAAUCUCGCCUUAAUCGACAGCAAUGGCCGAUAUGCAUGGCAAACUAAUACAGGAAGCAAGGGUGUAGUAGAUAUGAAACUACUUCCGAAUGGUAACUUGGUCCUUGUCGAUAAAAAUGGCGGUUUUGUUUGGCAAAGUUUUGAUCAUCCUACUAAUACUCUCUUGGUAGGACAAACACUUAAUCCUGGAAUCACUUCAACUAGUAACAAGCUAGUGAAUGGGGCUUAUAGUCUGGUUUUACAAGGCAAGCAACUUGGUUUGUUCUUCAAUCCUCCUAACCCAAAACCAGAUUCAUCCAAACCCUUGAAUUAUUUCAACUUAAUUGAGCCAAGUCUUCAAAAUUUUGAUAUAGAAAAUAUUACCUUCAACACCGCUCCAGAAUCCUUGGGAGACGCAUUCGCCAACCAAUUAAGCCUUUAUACCGGUGGUCAUAGUUUCGGAUUCACUUAUGCUCAUCCUAAAUACAACAGUACAUUAUCAAUCUUUCGAUUAGGUUCGGAUGGUAAUGCGUAUAUCUAUACUUACUAUGAGCAGGGGAGUUUUGAGCAGAAUGCAUGGGAGCAAACUUAUGCCACUUUCUCUAGACAAGGAAUCAACAGCGAGUGUUUAAUGCCUGAGAAGUGUGGAUCGUUCGGUCUUUGCAGCGAUAACCAGUGUGUUGCUUGUCCUACACCCCAAGGACUCGCGGGAUGGACAAAGCAAUGUAAACAACCAAACAUACCGUCUUGCAAUGCAGCCAAUGUUGGGUAUUACAAACUUGAAGCUGUCAAUCAUUUCUUGAAUGCUGGUGAUGUUGAAAGUGAAGGACCGAUGGAUGUCAAUCAGUGUAUGAAGAAAUGUAGCGACGACUGCAAAUGUGUCGGUUUCUUUUACAGAGUGGACGGUUCAAUGUGCUUGCGUACUACCCAACUUUAUACCUUGGUGAAGCUUAGUGAGGAUACAGAGAGUAAUAAAUCGCACACGGCUUACAUUAAGUAUGCGAAGGAGAAGCCCCAAAAUCUCGUUCAUCAGAACUAGCUGAUUUUCAUGGGUUUAUGGAUGAAUACAGGUGCCAGAUAAAUUUCAAUGCGUUGUUAGUAAAAUAAUGAAAGCAGGGAAUAUUGUCCUGCCCUUUCUUAUGUAAUACAAGUUCUAUGUCGUGUAUGCUUUUAAUGCGCAUCUUUCCUCUCUUCUCUUGAGAUAUCUAGGGGUUUGCGUUUUGUUUUUUUGUUAGUUUUCAGCGGUUUCAGGAAUCGAGUCUUUGCUCUUAAGUUCCACCAUUCUGAUCUCUUUUCUUGUUUUAUCUUUGUUUGGUUAUUUUUUGCUUCGAGUUUCAUGCUCUUCUUUAGGUGUAUUCGCUAACAUACGGUUUAUGUGUUUUUUAAUAUUAUUAUUUUUGUC